GUGGAACGCGGAGUCCACGUUUCCUAGGAAACGGUGCUGGGGCUGGAGACGUUUUGUGUGCUCUUACGUCAUUACGCUACGGUCAGCGCGUUCUCGGAGACUGGGGGAGGUGCUCGGCCAAUCCGAGGGGAGAGUGAUACCUAUUGGGUGCUAUCUGUAAUAUUUCUACCGGCCUUACAAGACUACUAGGAAACUGAGUUACAAUACUUGCUGAAUCCUUCGGGGCUACACGGCGUUGAAGGGACUCGGGCUAACCUCGGCCGCAGCCUCAGGCCCCAGAUUCCUCCCUCUCCAUCUGAGCCGGCCCUUGGCCUCUGCCUGCCCAGAGCCAAGGGAGUGUUGACGGACGGCCCGGAAGCCGGACCGCUGCCCGGAGAGAGAACAAACAAGGAAGCGUCCAGUCAAUCCAAGAAGGAUCUUCACGCAGGUUCUCGAACAGCAUACGCUCUUGCGCACGCGCAGCCACGCACUUGGGUGGGGCCUCGAUCUCAGGUCCCGCCCAAUAGUCGUGCGUUUCCUCUUCCGACGAAAGGCGGGACCGCAGCGCCAGCGAGAACCCUGGGCCAGCGGUCCUCCGCUAAGUUCCGCUGCGGGAAUGGCAAGCUUGAAGAGCUUGGUCCUGCGGCCCUGGAUUCGAGAGCUGGUCCUGGGGUCAGAGAGGCUCUCAAGUCCACGGGCGGGGCAGCUGCUUCAGGUGCUGCAGGAGGCCGAGGCCCCAGGCCGGUCCUGCGCCACAGGCGCGUCUGAUGUCGGGGCCACGCUGCUUGUGUCCGAUGGGGCCCACAGUGUCCGAUGCCUGGUAACGCGGGAAACCCUGAACGCCUCGGACUGGGAAGAGAAGGAGUUUGGCUUCCGAGGGGCUGAAGGCCGGCUGCUGCUGCUGCAAGACUGCGAGGUCCGAGUCCAAGUAGCAGAGGGCGGCGCGCCCGCGGAGUUCUACCUCCAGGUGCACCGCUUCAGCCUAAUGCCCACGGAGCAGCCCCGGGAUUGGGUGACUGGUUGCAACCAGGACCCGGAUGUGCAGAAAAAGCUGAAAGACUGCCUGGAGGAGCAUCUUUCAGAGUCCGCCUCCUCCAAUGCAGGCCUUUCACUGUCUCAACUUCUGGAUGAAGUGCAGGAAGAACAGGAGCAUCAGGGGGCACUAGUGCGCCUGGCUGAGAGCUGUCUGAUGCUGUCAGGCCCUUGCACAGCACCCCCGCUCACCCGCUGGGCUGCCUCAAGCCACUUGGCCAUGGAAGAAGCUAUGUACACUGUCCCCAGCCUAUGGUUGCACAUCUCUGAGACUGACCAGCGAAUCCUGAACUCUCUGGGCCCAGGUCAGAGAACACAGGGCCCUGAGCUGCCCCCACCAGACCCGACUCUUCAGGACCUAUCACUGACCCUGUCCUCCUCUCCUUCUUCACUCAGUUCCUCAGGAAACUCUGCCUUACCCAGCCACAUGUCAGCAGAGGAAAGUGGUGCCAGUCUCAGCCUUCUACCUGCCCUGUCCUUGGCUGCUCCAGACACAGGGCAGAAGAGCAGCUUCCAGCCCCAACCAGCCAUCUGCUCAGCCCCUGGCCCCCUGGCCCCUAGUUCCCCACAUCCCAGCCAUGUAUCCAACUCCCAACUCCUGAGUUGUACCCCAAGUCUGUCACCUCUUAGUCACAUCCCCAGUUCACAUCAGGCCCAUGUGACCAUGCCCCAGCCCCAGAAACCUAGACUGGAGUUCAAGGAGCUAGGGUUGCCCCCCAAGAACUGGCAGCAUUCUCCAAGGAUAAGAACCACCGAGGGAGUCCUGGAGUCCAGUCCCGUCUGGGACCCUCCAAAGAAGCAUCGUGAUGGAUCCACCUUCCAAUAUGUGUACGAGCCACCCUGCACUUCCCUCUGUGCCCAGGUCCAAGCUGCCAGGCUCCCUCCCCAACUCCUGGCCUGGGCCUUGCAUUUUCUGAUGGAGCCACAGCCGGAAUCUGAGCAAACCCAGGUGUGAGGGGUCAUGUGACCACAUGGGAGAAUGUGUGCAUACAGGUCAUGCCUGUGGGUGGACAAACAGUGCUCCACACUCUGCUUCCUCUGAGUUUUUUAAUAAAAUAAUCUCAUGCGGCA